AUGGUCAAUUCAGAGCUAGAAGCAAGCAUUGUUGAUCCGUCUAGGGAAGAAGAGGUAGUAGAUGUUAAUGCUAUGAAAGAGGAGGUGUAUAAGUUGAAGCAACAGAUGGCCGAGAUCUACCAGGCCUGCUUGUACCAUAGAUUGAGACAGCUGGGCAUGUUGACUCCAAUUGAACCUAAAUUGCCAAAUCCUCCCCCAAGGAACCUGGACCAUUCGGUGAGUUGUGAGUACUGCUCGGGUGCUCCGGGACAUGAUACAGAAAAAUGCUGGCAUUUGAAAACGGCCAUCCAGGAGCUUAUUGAUACCUGCCAUAUUGAAGUGCAGGCCCCAGAGACGCCCAACAUCACUCAUAAUCCAUUGCCAACCCACCAUAAGGCCCAUAUAAUUGAGUUAGUGCAAAAAGAAGAGCAUAAGAAGCCUUCACAAACCGUAAUGAUGAUCAGGGCCAGUGAAAACAGAUCAGAUGAGAAACCAACUAGUGGGAGGGCAGUGACCAAAGUGGAGGAGACAGUUAGCAAGCCAGUUGUGGCGAUAAAGAAGGAGCCUUUGAGCGGUGUUGCAGCUAAAGUGGUGCCAGGGGUAGCUAUCAAACCCAUUGUGACUGUGAAAGGGGCUCACAUAAAGCCGGUUAUCAUCAAGCCGGUGACGCAGUUGCCAGUAAUCAAUGAAAAGACCGUCCCAUGGAAUUACGACCGAGUAACAGUGCUGUAUAAGGGGAGAGAAGUUAAAGAAGAAGUCUGUGAAACACAUGGAUUGACUCAUUCAGGAAGAUGUUUUGCCUCUGAAGAGUUGAGAAAAGCUAAGACAGCCAAAGAUAAUCCAGUACCAGUGAAAAGGGUUGUAACUGAAGAAGAAGCGGAGAAAUUUCUAAAGAAGAUGAAGAUUUAUGUGAAUCAUCUGGAGAAAAUAGCGAAUAAGAUUUUCGAGGUCAACAGGGUCACAUUUUCUGACGAUGAGUUGCCUUUGGAAGGCACCGAGCAUUAUAAAGCACUCUACCUCUCGGAUACAGUUGGAGAUAUAGUGUUGGAGUUGACAAUAGGACCGGUGGAAUUUACUAUGGAGUUCCAGGUGCUCGACGUGGCUGUUUCUUAUAAUCUCCUGUUAGGCCGACUGUGGAUCCAUGCAGCAAAAGCGGUGCCAUCCACUUUGCACCAGAUGGUCAAAUUCGAGUGGGACCAGCAAGAAAUUGUGGUGCAUGGGGAGGACAGUUCGUGUAAUGCCAUUAUGCCUUUCACAGAAGUUGAGGAUGACAAAGGUCCAUGGGUGUAUCAGGUGUUGGACACGGUAUCCGUUGAAAAGAUCCCGGAGGGAGAGCGUAUUCCCGUGCCAAAGGUAGUUGCUGCAUCUGUCAUGGUGGCUUCAGAAAUGAUAAAGAACGGAUUUGUACCCGGAAAGGGUUUGGGUGCUUCUUUGCAAGGCAUUACACAGCCGGUAUCUCUGCCUGGAAAUUUGGAUACUUUUGGUCUAGGCUUCAAGCCCACUGCUGCAGACCGCCUAGCGACGAUGAUGCCUAAUGCUGUGGUUGAACCCGAUAAGAAGCUGAUUGAAAGGUUUGAGAAGCUGUUCAACAAGGUGAAUGUGUUGGAGGCAGGAGAAGGUCCAAGCAAGGCAAACGUACAUCUUCGGCCUAGUCUUGAACGCCAAUUUAACUCCGAAGUAAUAAUACAAGAGAUUGAGUGUGAUGACGAGGUAGAAUAUGAUGAUGAGGAAGCCUUUGAAGAAAUCAGUAAGGAAUUAAGCCAAUUUGAAGAAAAACCCAAACCCAAUCUGAAUGACACGGAGGCAAUCAAUUUAUGGGAUUCUGACAAUGUAUAG